UGUCUGCUCAGAACAAGAGAGAAUUAUCAAAGCUGAGAAACAGCCUUGUGUACAGGCUUUUACUCGUAUGGUAAAGGUUUGGAAGCAAGACUGCACAGGUCACUCUUGGUGUAUGGACUAUGAGAGGAGGACUGCCUACUACACAGGCUACAGACAAGUGUACAGACAAGACUUCAAGACUACAUACAAAUGCUGCUCUGGGUGGUCUCAGCUCAAUGGAGAGGCAGGCUGCCUCUAUCCUCUCUGCGCUUAUGGUGUGUGCUUGAAUGGGGGUGUAUGCACGGACGGCUUGCAUCAAUUGUGUGAUUGCCCCCCAGGAUUCAAUGGACUCAACUGCCAGGGUGUUUCCUAGUGUCAGUCUCUGGAUAGAGCUACUGCUUCUCAAAAGAGAUGCACCUUUAAUGUUGCCAGCACAGUACACCACCAUUACAGGGAUCAUCGGUUUCUCCCCUUGCUGUCUCCUCACCAG